GUGCCUCAGGACGCGAGAUUUGCUUUUGGCUCUGACCCUCAGCCGUUCCUUCCGGGAGUCGGAACUGCGGUAUUCAAGCCUGAGUGCAAGCCGAUGCUGAGUGGGCAGCUGGUCGGACGCCUGUUCUCCAUGGCCGGGCGCGUCUGUCUGUCCCGGAGCAGCACGGGAGCAGGGACCAUCGGUCCCGUCGAGGCCGCCAUUCGCAUGAAGCUGGAACAGGCCCUGAACCCCGAGGUGCUGGAGCUGCGUAAUGAGAGCGGUGGCCACGCAGUCCCACCAGGCAGUGAGACGCAUUUCCGCGUGGCUGUGGUGAGCUCUCGCUUCGAGGGAUUGAGCCCCCUACAACGGCAUCGGCUGGUCCACACGGCGCUGUCCGAAGAACUGGCUGGGCCGGUCCAUGCCCUGGCCAUACAGGCGCGCACCCCUGCCCAGUGGAGAGAGAACCCUCAACUGGACACGAGCCCCCCUUGCCUGGGCGGGAGCAAGAAAACUCGAGGAACUCCCUGAGUCUUGAGAGAGGGAGGACGAGGAGCCAAAUGGGUUGGGUGAGAAUAAACUACUGGGGCCUUCUUCCCUUCAAUAUCUGUAAGAGAUGAGGACCCUGGGCCCCAUUCAACUGGCAUAUACUUAUUCUCUGGAGACAGCAAUUCAUUUCACAUCAAGGCUAACCCAAGGAAAGAGUAGAAUCUCUCUCUACAGCUCUUGGCCUGGACCAUUCAGGAAAAUGUUUUGUGUUAAAUUGUGACUAAGGAACCACCAGACCUUAUGAGUUGCAGAUAAUUCUGUACAUUAAAAGAGAAAUUAUCGUAUGAAGUG